GCGACGUGUUCUUCUCAGCGUCAACCACGACAGUUCAAGACAGAUCCUCUUAGUCACCAUGCACCCUAACACCCAAGAGCAGGGUGCUCUACAGGCUGCUGAAAACCUCAUGAAUGAAAUAAUGGCGCGUUAUGACCCAUCUCACGACGCUUUUCAUGUACAGCGCGUGCGCAAAACGGCCCUUUCAAUUGCUCGCGCUCUUUCUGCCCAGAAACCUGAUUUACUGGUCGUGGAAUUAGCAGCUCUACUUCACGACGUUCUGGACAAGAAAUAUGUGUCGGAAACCGAAGCAGCGGACCCAUAUGGAUAUUUUCUUCCUUUCUUCCAAACUUUGUCUUUAGAGCACGGACUGGACCUGAUUAGCGAUGGCCGGGCGCGUGAGAUCGUAAAGGUCGUAGAAAAUGUCUCUUGGACGACUGAGAAGAAACUAAGGUCAACAGGAAAAAUCGAGGAGUGGCAUCGCACGUGUAUUGAACUCCAUUGUGUACAAGACGCAGACCGACUUGAUGCGAUAGGAGCGUUUGGAAUCAUGCGGUGUGCUGCAUACAGCGCUGCCGUAAAUCGUCCACUGCAUGCACCUCCAGGUCGUCUUGACACUGCCGUACAGCACUUCUACGACAAGCUCCUACACAUCCAGGAAAGGCUAAAGACAGAGCCAGGGAAACAGAUGGGCGCAAAGCGACACCAAUUUAUGGUCGAUUUCCUGAAUUCCGUGGAAAAUGAAUACAAUGCAGAAGCACUCGAAGUCGUCUGCACUGUGUAAUGAAAACACGUUGCAUUCUUGGCGUUUUGAAGAACACUGCCCCGGACACGGGAAUCCUUGAUGAAAAGUAGAUAGUUGUUCCAUACUUGUAGUUACCGUCCCUAUUUGAGACACUCAUAGAUGGUUUGGUUGGAAAUCAAUUCGUCGUGGCCAAGUGGUUACCACAAUAUUUGU